AUGCUUACAUUUUGCCCGCAUUGUCUGAAUAUGCUUUUGAUCUCGGCAGGUGACGAUAACAUCAACCGGUUCUACUGCUCGACGUGUCCCUAUGAAUUUAAAAUCACCGGUCUUCAGAUAUACGACAGAAAACUACUAAACAGAAAGGAAGUGGACGAUGUUUUGGGAGGAGAGGGAACUUGGGACAAUGUGGACCAAACCACGACACAGUGUCCGAUAGAUUCAUGUGGAGGCACCAAGGCGUACUUUUUCCAACUUCAAAUAAGAUCUGCCGAUGAGCCCAUGACUACAUUUUACAAGUGUGUCAAGUGUGGACACCGAUGGAAGGAGAACUGA